CUUAUCUGCACCACGCCAUCACAACGCCCUUCGCUAUGGAUCUACUUCAAACAGUGCGCAAAGAAGGUAGCCGUGGCGGCCGAGCCGAGUUCAAGUGGGAAGAUGUCAAGAACGAUGCGCAGCGCGAGAAUUACCUGGGCCACUCGAUCAUGGCUCCUGUCGGUCGCUGGCAGCAAAAUCGCGAUCUCAACUGGUAUGCGAAAGGCGACGACGAGUCGAAGCAAGCCGAGGCUGCACGUCUCAAGGAGGAGAAGCGCAAGCUGAAGGAGGCUGAGGAGGACGCCAUGCUCGCAGCCAUGGGUCUCCCAGUGCCAGAAAGAAACAACGCCAAUCUGACACCCUUGGGAGAGAGGGCGCAAGAGGCUGAUGUGAAGGAGGCGAUCGAAGAGAAAGCGAGAGGCAACGAUGAUGAUGACAAGGCGAAGAGGAGAGACAAGAAGGAUCGGUCGAGACGACACAGGGAUGACGACGACCGCGAAAGGCGGAGAAGACAUCGCUCGAGGAGCCGCUCACGAGACAGAGACCGCCGCCAUAGACACCAUGACCGCUCAAGGUCUCGCGAAAGGCGGCGAGGCGGCGAUCGAGAGCGGGACAAGCGAAGGCAACGUUCACGCAGCCGCGAACACGCACGACGAGACAACCGCGCCGAGCCUCGACGAGGGGAAGAGAUUGAGGACAGACCGCAUAGAACACGAUCGCGUUCAAGGGAUCGCCGCCGUAGGCAAGAUUCGAGGAGCAGAUCACCAUACAAGGCCGAGAGAAGACGGGACUAAGAAUUUGGACUUAGGAGUCCCAGACCUAUACAGAGUAUUUUCUUAGUUGCUAUGAUACCCUUUGCUCCUUAGAAGCUU